GGGAGGUUCCUCUCCUAGACCCUGCAUCCUGAAAGCCGGGCACUUGACAGCCUGCCAGCUGGCUGCAGAGACACACCCAGGGGGAGGAGCCGCAGUCCUGUCUGGGGCACCAGCCUAGGCUGGCCAGAGCUCCUGUUUCCACUGCUCUGCCACCUGCCCGGGGUACCAACAUGGCCCAGAAGCAUCCCGCCUGCACCCUGAAGCCCGAGUGUGUCCAGCGGCUGCUGGUUUGCUCCCAGGAGGCCAAGAAGUCAGCCUACUGCCCCUACAGUCACUUUCCCGUGGGGGCCGCCCUGCUCACCCAGGACGGGAGGAUCUUCCAAGGGUGCAACAUAGAAAACGCCUGCUACCCCCUGGGCAUCUGUGCUGAACGGACUGCUAUCCAGAAGGCCAUCUCAGAAGGGUACAAGGAUUUCAGGGCAAUUGCUAUUGCCAGUGACAUGCAAGAUGAUUUUAUCUCUCCAUGUGGAGCCUGCAGGCAAGUCAUGAGAGAGUUUGGCACCAACUGGGCGGUGUACAUGACCAAGCCGGAUGGUACGUAUGUUGUCAUGACGGUCCAGGAGCUGCUGCCUUCCUCCUUUGGGCCCGAGGACCUGCAGAAGACCCAGUGACAGCCAGAGAACACCCACUGCCUGUGACAGCCACCUGGAGAACGUCAUAAAGAUGUCUCAGCCCUGGGGACACCUGCCCAGUGGGCCCCAGCCCUACAGGGGCUGAGCAAAGAUGAUGUUUCCAAAUUACACUCCAGACCAGACCAGCACCCCCCUUAGCAACCUGCCUGGGGACUUAGAACACCCCCGCUUUUCCUUUCCUUCCUGUGGGGCUCUCUUUCAAAGUCCCGCCCAGUGCGGACUGGUUCCCCAUCAGCCUUCCCAAGGUUCUACCCGGUUCCAAGCAACUUUUAUAAUUACAAACAUCACAGAACAUCCUGAA